AUGGAGGAGAAAGUAAGAGAAGAGGUAGCGAAGGAACCCAUGAUUGGUCAAUAUUCUGAAGCAGCCCUGUUAGAACGUGCGCAACAGAUUGUGGAGGAACGAACUGCCGAUUGGGAAACCAAAUCAAAGCAAAUUCCACACUUUGACCUCACUGAAAUUGAGACGGGCGCCGAAUUGGGCAAAGGAGGGUUCUUUGUCGUCAAGGAAGUGACGAGUAUCUUUCUGCAGGACGCGACGGAACAGGCGCUACCAAACACUGCUGCUAUGGAGGAUGAAGAUUACAUUCAAGGUGUGGUGCAAGAUCGGGAAUUCAUGUCACAUCACACCAUGAGGGGGAAGGACUGUCGCUAUUGCAUCAAGGCCAUGCUUCCCGACUGUCAUAGUGACCCAUCCAAAUUCGUCAAUACCAUUGUGGAUAUCGCUAUAGAAGCCAAAUUCUUGAGCGUGAUACGGCAUCCUAACAUUAUCAAAAUGAGGGCUACCUCCAAAGGGAACAUUUGUGCUCCAAACUCUUUUUUGAUUCUGGAUCGUUUGUAUGAUACACUGGACAAACGUCUUGUCCAGUGGGGGAAACGAGAUCAACAAUGGAACCUUUUUGAUUUCCAAAAGAAGAAGGAGAAAGCCUUUUUGGCCGAACGAUUGACCGUGGCCUUUGAUGUGGCAAGCGCCAUUGAAUAUUUGCACGAUCGAUCCAUCAUUUAUCGAGAUUUGAAACCGGACAAUGUUGGUUUUGAUGUUCGGGGUGACGCCAAACUCUUUGACUUUGGAUUAGCAACCGAGUUUGAUUCUUCCAAAACCAUGGGAUCUUACAAAUUAACAGGGGACACUGGAACCAUGCGAUACAUGGCACCAGAAGUGGCAUUGAAUAAGGCGUAUACCGAAAAGGCAGACGUUUAUUCGUUUGGCAUUAUUCUGUGGCAAGUCUUGGCACUGGAAAUCCCCUAUGGCCCAUUACCAGACGAUGGAAUCUAUCGAAAGGUGGUGCAUUGUGGAGGAAGACCCAAGAUUGAAGGAAAGUGGCCAACGGAAUUACGAAGGCUGCUGCAAGAUUGCUUUGCGUCAGGACCUCGGAGACCACCCAUGACCCGCGCGUGCGAGAUUAUCCGAAAGGCGAUUCAUGAGGUUGGGGGCGAAACGUUAGUGGAUGAUGACAUUCUGGAUUCUGCCAGAAGUGCCAGGAGUCUACGGCAUCACGACCCCAAGAUGUAG